UUUCUUCACCUACUUUUCACUUUUUUUUUGCUUAUUGUUGGUCGCAAGUCAUUCCUUUGGUGCGAUCUUUUUUUCAUACACUCUUUUUUAUCGAGACGUCCAUUUUUGGGUCUCAGCCUCUCGUUGGUAGAUACAAUCACACACCUGGUAUCCAGGAUAAACCUCUACAGUACAGUCAGAAACCCUGGUCUGGUAUCUGAUCAAUUCGCCAUCUGCUGUUGAACAGAAGAAGCAAGAAACUACAUCAUGAAGAUCUCCAACGUCAUCGCCGGUGCGGCGCUGUUCGCCAGCACCGUCGCUGCUGCCGACCUGGAUCCCAUCGUCAUCAAGGGCUCCAAAUUCUUCUAUAAGAACAAGGGAGAGCAAUUCUACAUCCGUGGUGUUGCCUAUCAGGAGGAGUCGACUAGCGGCGGGCCUAAUAGUUACAAGGAUCCUCUGGCCGACGCCGAGUCCUGCAAGCGUGAUGUCCCCAUGCUUGAGAAGCUCGGUGCCAACGCCAUCCGCGUGUACGCGAUUGACCCUAAGAAGGACCACAAGGAGUGCAUGGAUCUUCUGACCAAGGCCGGCAUCUACGUCAUUUCCGAUCUGUCCUCGCCCGGCGAGUCUAUCAACCGCAAGGACGCCAAGUGGGACAACGACCUCUACCAGCGUUACACCUCGGUCGUGGACGAGCUGGCCCAGUACAGUAACGUCAUCGGUUUCUUCGCCGGUAACGAGGUCUCCAACAACAAGAAGACCACGGACGCCAGCGCCUACGUCAAGGCCGCUGUGCGUGACAUGAAGGCCUACAUCAAGUCUAAGGACUACCGCCCCAUGGGUGUUGGUUACGCCACCAGCGAUGACUCUGACAUCCGUAACGACAUGGCCGACUACUUCAACUGCGAGGACGAGGACGAGAGCAUCGAUUUCUGGGGCUACAACAUCUACUCGUGGUGCGGUGACUCCAGCUUCAAGAAGUCUGGCUUUGACGUGCGCACCAAGGAGUUCAAGGACUACAACGUUCCUGUCUUCUUCGCCGAGUACGGCUGCAACGCCGUCAAGCCCCGCAAGUUCUCCGAGGUUGAGGCCCUGUACGGUCCCCAGAUGUCCAACGUCUGGUCCGGCGGUAUCGUCUACAUGUACUUCCAGGAGGACAACGACUACGGUCUGGUUAAGGUCGAGGACGGCAAGGCCAAGCCUCGUGAGGACUACAGCUACCUCUCCAAGCAGCUCGCCAAGGCCACUCCCUCCGGUACCAAGAUGGAUGAGUACAAGCCCACCAACACCGCCCUCCAGAAGUGCCCCGAGGUCAACAACAAGUGGCUCGCGACCUCCAGCCCUCUGCCUCCUUCCCCCAACAAGGAUCUCUGCUCCUGCAUGGAGGAAAGCCUGAGCUGCGCCCUGAAGGACGACAUCGAGGACAAGAAGCUGGACAAGAUCUUCGGCACCGUCUGCGGCUACGACGGCGCCUGUGACGGCAUCAACGGCAACGCCACCAAGGGCGAGUACGGCGCCUACUCGGUCUGCGAGACCAAGCAGCAGCUGUCCUUCGCCAUGAACCGGUACUACGAGCAGCAGAAGGCUCAGGGCAACGGCGAAAAGGCCUGUGACUUCAACGGCGCCGCCGAGACCAAGUCCGCCAAGGACCCCAGCGGCACCUGCGGCUCCCUCCUCAAAGAGGCCGGCCCCAAGGGCACCGGCACCAUCAAGUCCGGCGCCAGCGGUUCCGACGCCGAGGGCUCCGAGGCCUCCGCCUCUGGCUCCGAGGGCGCCGCCUUCGUCGUUGCCCCCAGCAGCGUCAACGUCGGCUUCGUCCACAUCGGUGCCUACGUCGUCACCGCCAUGGUCGCCGGUGCGGGCAUGAUCCUCCUGUAAACGGCUUUUUUUUUAUCCGACUUUUUCAUCCUUUCUCUCUUCUUCCCCCACUUUUCACGCACGUUUAAUUAGAGAUGUGGUCUACACCAGCAGGAAACUUGUUUCUCCUGUGAUUGCUCCGCUUUAGCUCAACCUGGUUUUCAUUAUUCCGUUUCCAACUCCGCGUACAAUGCAUGUCAAGACCUCUCCCCCGCGGUUGUGGUAGAGACUACACGGUAAUCGAUCUAUCUAUCUAACUAUCUAUCUAUAUUCUCUUGAUUUCUUAAUCUUAGUUGAUU